GUCCCAGAGUCAGAAAGGACCACGUACUCCAGGUUUAAGAGCUCCAUUAAGAGGAAGCUGGCGGCCAGAGCGCCAGUGGCCAGCAGCCCUAUUGUCACAAGAUGGCAGCAGCUGCACGCGAGAGGCGGUGUAGCAGAGCCGCGCAGGGAGCACUGCAUGGCCGAUCUUUGUGCCUCCGGAGGGACCCCGCUCAUCAGCACGCGAGGUCAGACAGGAUUGACACCUCAGGUGCCUAAGAAACUCUCCAGCACAAAAACUAUUGUGACUCUACUUAGCAGUCGUGCUGCAGCGAGUUUGGAAGGAAGGAAUAACAGGAGAGCUGAAAUGAAACAGAAACAGAAAUGUUCUUCUCAGCUUCCAGUGGUCCAGGAGGCUGGAUAUAGCAUUGCAGAAAGUGAUGACAUGAAGGUCUGUGAAAAUACCAAUUGCAUCUGGAAAGGAUGCGGAGAGGAGAUGCAGAAUGAGUUUAGAGCUGUUACCAUCAUGAAGCCUUCCAUACCUUUGGAGCCAGAAGUGAGGCUUCAUAUUACUGGCUUGCGCAAUGAUUACUAUCUAAACAUACUGGACUGGAGCCUUGAAAAUCUCAUUGCUGUUGCUGUAGGACCUGCUGCACACAUCUGGAAUGGAGGAACUCUUCAAGCCAUUGAAAGCAUUGAUUUGAAUUCCAGUUCCAAAUACAUUUCAUCUCUGUCUUGGAUAAAAGGAGGAACUUGCCUUGCAAUUGGCACCAGUGAUGGAGAAGUGCAACUGUGGGACAUUGAAACCAAAAAGAGGUUGAGAAAUAUGUUUGGUCACCUGUCUGUAGUUGGAGCUCUGAGCUGGAAUCAUUAUAUACUGAGCAGUGGUUCACGACUAGGAUCUAUUCAUCACCAUGAUGUUCGGGUUGCUCAGCACCAUGUUGGGACUCUUUGCCAAAACAAACAAAGUAUUUGUAGCCUGAAAUGGUCACUAACCAACCAGUUGCUGGCAAGUGGGUCUAGUGAUGGUAUAUUGAAUAUCUGGCCUGGUGACCCUGGUGUGAAAUUGCAGUCACAGCCACUGAAAACCAUACCUCAUUCCUCAGCAGUUAAGGCUAUGAACUGGUGUCCUUGGCAGUCCGAAGUCCUUGCUACAGGGGGUGGAAUGAAAGAUAGGAUUUUGCGUGUCUGGGACAUAAAUCGUGAGAAAAUUAUCCAAAGUGCAGCUACAGAUUCUCAGAUUUGUUCCUUGCUCUGGUUACCCAAAACCAGUGAACUGAUGACUGGACAAGGCCUUCCUGGAAAUCAGAUGAAAAUAUGGAAGUGUCCUAUGCUUAUCAAUUCAUCAGAACUCUAUGGUCACAAAGGGAGAGUCCUGCAUAUAGCCCUGAGCCCAGAUCAGAGCAGGCUCUUUUCUGUUGCAGCUGAUGGGCUAGCUUGUCUAUGGAAAUGCCAUGAGUCUGGGGAGAGCAAGCACAGCAGCAAGGCUUUUUCUAAUGGUUAUUUGAGCUCAUUCUUGUGACUUCUUUUCCUUGAAAGCAAGUGAUUAAAUGUAUGUAGACCAUUCAAUAAUUCAAAAUAUGUGUGUUCUUUCCAAUGGAAACAUGGCAAAAGAUAGUACAAUUUUUUGAAGAGAAAGCAAUUUUCCCCAUCAAUCCAUCAUGUGAAAUGUUAGUAGCUUGUCUUACUUACCCUAG